GAAUCAAGUAGUAGACAGUUGGAAAAGAGCAAUGGUCCACAUUCAAUGUAUACAUGCAUCCCACCUGAUAAACGAUGUGUCUUAAUUUUUUUAGCGAGGCCGCAUCCAUCAUGGGCCUUGCCCUUCCCUGAUGAACGGCCUGGAUCUUUCACAGUGGCUUGCACACUCAUCGUGCUACUAGAGAUAAAUGACUCAGGUUAAGCAUUUUUCAUCCAUAUGCUCUUCUUAUGUGUAUUCUCACAGAAACACUAGAGGCUGCCCCACAGAAGAAAGGCCCUUCGACAUUGCAUAUCAGAGCUGCCAUUGCAACAGCUUUUGGAGCGGCAGCUGCUCAUUCCAAGUUACUAGCAGACCAGGAAGACAGGGAAAUAGAGCAUCUAAUGGCAACUAUAAUUGAAGCACAGCUGAAUAAGAUUCAAUCCAAGAUCAAGCAUUUUGAGGAGCUGGAGUCGAUCAUGGAAAAGGAAUAUGCCCAGAUACAGCAGCUAAAAGAGUCCAUAUUUGCAGAUGGGAUUGAUGUUCAACAACAGGCUUUCCGUGUGGGCAUUCCAAGAUAUAGGGAUCAUGGUUUUGUGAAGUCGUCGACAGUUAGCUCGUUGUAAUGGAGUUUCUGUAUCAUGGAUUUGUUUUAUUAACUUGGGAAGUAAAAGACUAAAGAGAGAAUGUCAUGAAAAAUGAGGUUUCUUUCCAACAAUUGUAUGCAUGUGUUUGUAAAAUCUUAAAAGAGAGAGAAGGGCCUCCUAGUUUCAUUGUUGGGGAACAUGACUCUUGGAGUACAUAUAAUUUCACUGA